GGGCUGAGACCGGCCGGGGGCGGGGCGGCGGGCGAGCGCUCACGGGCACGUGACCGGCCCGAACAUGGCGGCGCCCAGCGGCGUCCACCUGCUCGUCCGCAGAGGUUGUCAAAGAAUUUUGUCUUCAGCACUCAGUCCUAUCUACUUAUAUAAGCAGUCAAGAAAGCAACAAAGAAGACAUUUCAUUUUCCGAAAACAAAGGAACAUCUCCCACAGUAUCGUUUCCCCGGCCAUGGUUUCUUCAGCUCAUCCAGUCCCCGAGCACAUAAAGAAGCCAGACUAUGUGACGACAGGCAUUGUACCCGACUGGGGAGACAGCAUCGAAGUGAAGAAUGAAGAUCAGAUCCAAGGGCUGCAUCAGGCCUGUCAGCUGGCCCGCCAUGUCCUCCUCCUGGCGGGGAAGAGUUUAAAGGUUGACAUGACAACUGAAGAGAUAGAUGCCCUUGUCCACCAGGAAAUCAUCAGUCAUAAUGCCUACCCCUCACCUCUAGGCUACAGAGGUUUUCCAAAAUCUGUGUGUACCUCUGUCAACAACGUGCUCUGCCAUGGUAUUCCCGACAGUCGACCUCUUCAGGAUGGCGAUAUUAUCAACAUUGAUGUCACAGUCUAUUUCAACGGCUACCACGGGGACACCUCGGAGACAUUUUUGGUGGGCAAUGUGGAUGAACGUGGUAAAAAGCUAGUAGAGAUUGCCAGGAGGUGUAGAGAUGAAGCAAUUGCAGCCUGCAGAGUGGGGGCCCCCUUUUCUGUAAUUGGAAACACAAUCAGCCGUAUAACUCGACAGAAUGGUUUGCAAGUCUGCCCACAUUUUGUGGGACAUGGAAUAGGAUCGUACUUUCAUGGACAUCCAGAAAUUUGGCAUCAUGCAAAUGACAACGAUCUACGCAUGGAGGAGGGCAUGGCAUUCACCAUAGAGCCCAUUAUCACCGAGGGAUCUCCUGAAUUUCAGGUCCUGGAGGACGGGUGGACUGCGGUCUCUCUGGACAACCAAAGGUCCGCCCAGUUUGAGCACACGGUGCUCAUCACCUCGAGGGGCGCACACAUCCUUACCAAGCUGCCCCACGAGGCCUGAGGAGCAGCUGCGGCCCAGAGUGAGGCAUGCUGGAAAACUUUGGGAUGGAGCUGGGAGCCGGCCACCAGCGUGGAUGCGACCUGUGCUGGCGUCCUGGAGAAAUGCCCCCAGGCUGGCACCCCUGCCCUGCCCCCUGGAAGUGAACGGAGAGCCUGCUUUCCCUUUGCCUUGUCUUCUGCUGAGUAAAAGCCCCUCUUUAAGAUGCCUGUGUCUGCACUGCUUUCAUCUCUAAGAGACAAGGGGGAGAGGGUGGCCUGCUGGUUUGUGAAUCUCCACUUCAAUGUGCAAACCUGUUAGCUGCGAAUUUUUGUGAAUGUUUUUCUUGUGGCUCAGACGCUAGGGAUCCCAGGUGCAUCCAGAGGGCAGCACCUGCUCCCAUGCCCCUGGCCCUUCAUUCAUUUCCCUUGGAUCCGGGCUGUGCUGUGAGAAGAGCUGUUCGCAAAUACUUCCUUAGCUGUGGAUUCCCAGUGGAUCAGGCCCAUCAUUGCUUCUGCCAAUCCAGAAAUACCAACUAUUCCUGGGCUGGUGGCUGCUGUUCCCAGGGAGCAUGCAUCCGACCCUGGGACCCCAUCCUUGACGUGGAGUCUGAGACCCUCCUCUUGGCCCUCUCCAGCCCCCGUCUCUCCCUCUCCCACACACCAAAUCCGCAGCUGCACCAGGAGUCAAAAACCUGGGCUGCCCUUGUACAGAAGGCACAGCUCUGCGCAGGCAGGCUGGUCCCCCAACAGGACUGGCCCUGAAUGACUCCAGGCUAGGCUGGGGCCUGGGUGGGGAGGUGCACAGAAGCCAAACAUUCCAGAGAGCACUCUCCCAUCCCAGCAAGAGGAGAUAG